AUGGGUUGGAGCUGGUGGUUGGGCUCGGUAGUGUGUAUUUUGGUCGCCAUUAGUCAUGGUGGGGCUGCUGGUGUAUGCGAGGAAGUGAUCAAACCCAAAGGAUACCAAUGCCAAGAGCAUACUAUGACAACAAAGGAUGGUUACAUACUCAGUCUCCAAAGAAUUUCCCAAGGCCGCACUCCUACACCCUCCAACCACACAAGGCAGCCCGUUUUGUUGCAGCACGGCCUCACUAUGGAUGGAGUUUCAUGGCUUAUAAGUCCUCCUGGAGAGUCUCUGGCAUUUGUCUUGGCCGAUAAUGGGUUUGAUGUGUGGAUUUCAAACACCCGAGGAACCAAAUGGAGCCGCAAGCACACAACCUUGGACCCCUCUGAUCCGGGCUUUUGGGCUUGGUCAUGGGAUGAGCUCGCAGAAUAUGACAUACCGGCAUUGUUCGAGUAUGUAAACAAUCAAACAGGGAAGAAGGUGAACUAUGUGGGUCACUCUCUUGGUACUCUUAUUGCCUUGGCCUCCUUCUCUCAAGGGAAGGCAGCGAAUCUCACAAGAUCGGCCGCUUUUCUGAGCCCAAUCGCUUAUUUGAGUCAUAUGACAACCCCUUUGGUCCUAAUCGCUUCCAGAACCAUGCUUGGUCAACUCGCAAUAUGGAUGGGGAUUGCAGAGUUCAAUAUUGCAUUGCCAGCCUUGAAAGCCCUCGUCAAGGGUGUAUGCAUGAAUCCCCAUAUCGACUGCUUCAACAUGGUCAGUGCCAUCACAGGGAAGAACUGCUGCCUCAAUUCCUCCACCAUAGAGCUUUUCCUACAGUAUGAGCCUCAGUCUACUUCAACAAGGAACAUGGUGCACCUUGCCCAAAUGAUUAAGAAUGGGGAUGUAGCCAAGUAUGACUAUGGAAACCCUAACGAGAACAUGAUUCACUACUCCCAGAGCACGCCUCCCAAGUACAACAUGUCCAAUAUACCAAGGGAUCUCCCCCUCUUCUUUAGCCACGGUGGAUACGACGCUCUCUCUGAUGUGGAGGAUGUGAAUUUGCUGAUCGCCCAUCUCGAUUCUCAUGACAAGGACAAGAUCACCAUCCAAUUUGUGGACAACUACGCGCAUGUUGACUUCAUUUUGUCCGUCAAUGCCAAGCAAGUUGUUUACGAGCCACUCAUCGAUUUCUUGAAGCGUCACUGAGACAUUUUUUUUACAUUUCAGACCUACCUUUGUGUUGCUUCCCCUCUUCGUUCGAUACAGAGAGUUGUAGUGCUCCCUCGUUGAGGAUGUCUGUGUUUGUAUUUUAUUUGUCUGAAAUUACGAGUACCACCUCCUUCCUAUUUAAUGGGGUUUUAUCUCCUGGUUAGAGACUAUGGGGAUGGUUAGAGACUAUGGGGAUGAU